GAAACCAUCGCAAUUCUUCUGUCGCAAACAAAACAUCACAUCGCCCAUUGUCCCUCCAAAGCCUAUAAGUUCGUGACAUCGCCAAUUGCCUGGCUUCAAUCAACACUCACCCAUCAUUGCCGCGAUACCUCAUACACCGAUGGCGGAAAACGAAACCCCCAAUCCCCCGACCGCGCCAGCCCCAGGUGGCUUUGUGCCUCCCGCGAUCCCUCCAAACUCAUUACCAUCUCCAGCGCCCAGCUCAGCGUCAGCGGCGGCCGUAUCCAAUCUCCCACAUCCUCGCCGAACUUCCCUUCGCCCCGGGUCCAUCAAGGAGGAUAAAGUCCGCAACUAUGUUUCCGACAAAAUGCUACACAUCAGUCGCCGAUACGUCAAGCACUUUGCCAUUCCCCAUCCCGACGACGAGAUCACGGGCUACAAGUCCAUGGCCGAACUAUGUAAAGACGUGGACGACGUUAUCAAUAUCAUCUGGUUAUCCGGUACUCCCAGCCUACAAAUCCCCUACCUGCUCAACAUUGCGAGCGAGUUCACCACCUGGCUCGAGGGCUUCCCUCCCUCGCCCGCAGCCACAUUCGCGCUACUACGAAAACUCGACCACUGCUUCGCCAGUCUACUCUUCGGCUACGACAUCGACACCAAAGAAACUCUACCAGGCUUCGAAAACGGCCUUCGAGCCGGCCUGUCCCGCACCGACAUGGUCCGCUGCAAAAGCGUGAUUGAGCGCACUCGUGUAUUGGUAGUUGAGGUCAUGGCAAAAGAGCCAGCCGACGAGGAUCCAGACGGCGAUACUGGGGGUCAGGGUAUCCAGACCCCGAAGCCGGACAACGAUACCGAGGCCGAAGCUGAGUCUGAUCGCCUUCCCGACAUGAGCGAUUUCGAUGAUGGGGACGACGACGACGAAGACGAGCUGUUGCACAUGAACGUCGCUCAGGUGUAUGAGAACACGCUUGUCAAACUGGGAGAAAUAUUGGGAGAUGGAGGUGGCGUGACGACGAUGCCCAUGUCUGUGGACUGAUCUGACCUGCGGCCAUAUAUACGAUGACUCACUAUACCUGGGUCCUUCCCGAUGGAGAGGCGCCACUGUCCUCAACCGCAUUUUCUCGCCCCGGGCUAUUAAAGGAUUUUAAGGAGGCUCGCCCGGGAUAGAAAAGCAGAGACUCCCUUUCCAGGCAUUCAACCGGCCUCAAGCCUGGCAUAGAUCUCAGCUUUUCUAUCCCGGGCGAGGGAGGUCUUUGCUGAGCCCGCGCGCACCGAGAAGGAAUAAGUGCAGAUACCAGAUCACUGGACUGCUGCCUGAAAGACCGAGGCGGAAGAUAGAGGUCGGUAGUUGCCGCAUCCCCAGCGGACGGGAGAUUAAGUGCCGCUACGAUGCUCGCCGGAGAUUGCUAUAAACCGUAUUGAUGGUUUCAGAGACCCAAAUCAAAUCGCUCUCUCUUGCGCCACAUGUAGAAGGCCGCGGUUGCUGCCUGAUCUUGGCAAGCCGUUGGUUUGAACGUUUUAAUUACUCUGCAUGAGUCUAUCUGAGCGCUGGUCGAGGUGUCCAUAGAGGUUCUCACUUGGAUGCCACUGGAUCUAGACCCACUGACGAUUCGAAAUAAUAGACAUCAGGCAGUGUCUUUUAAGAAAGGUUCCACUGAGCAACUUUUGACAUUCCAUCCUCAUAGGCUUUAUUUUUUUUUGUUUCUAUCAAGAACAAGAAAUUAAAC